GAGAGAGAGUAAAGUCUAUCAUUGCUGUAACUGUGCAGACUCUGAUCUCAGGCAGCUGUGAGGAGAAGACAAACUUUAUCUUCAAACCAUGGAUCAGGACUUGCUGGUCCCGGCGGCCGUGGCUGUGUCUCUGGUGCUGGUGACGGUGGUGAUCUUCCUGCUGAGAGGUUCUGCAGGAGAGAAGAAGCAGCAGCAGCCGGUGACUCUUCAGGAUCCAAUGGUCAAAUAUUCACUUCCCCUCGUAGAAAAACAGGAAAUCAGUCAUGACACAAAGAAGUUUCGGUUCGGCCUUCCCUCUGCUGCUCAUAUCCUUGGACUUCCAGUAGGUCAACACGUGUAUCUGUCGGCCAAGGUGAACGGCAGCCUGGUGGUCCGAGCCUACACGCCCGUGACCAGCGACGAGGACCAGGGAUACGUGGACCUGGUGGUGAAGGUUUACUUCAAGAACACUCACCCGAACUUUCCAGACGGAGGGAAAAUGUCCCAGUACCUGGACAACAUGGCCGUCGGGGACAGCAUGGACUUCAGAGGACCCAGUGGACUGCUGGUGUACAAGGGAAAAGGUCACUUUUCCAUCCGACCCGAUAAGAAGUCCGAGCCCAAGGUUCGAAAGUUUAAACACGUUGGAAUGAUCGCUGGAGGAACAGGAAUCACUCCGAUGCUGCAGCUGAUUCGCAGGAUCGCAGCCGACAGCGCCGACGACACCAAGUGCUCCCUCAUCUUCGCCAACCAGACUGAGAAGGACAUCCUGCUGAGGGAGGAGUUGGAGGAGGUGAAGAAGAAUCAUCCGGACAAAGUGCAGCUCUGGUUCACGCUGGACAAACCUCCUCAGGACUGGAGCUACAGUUCAGGGUUUGUGAGCCAGGACAUGAUUCAGGAGCACCUUCCUGCUCCGUCCUCUGACUCCCUCAUCGUCCUGUGUGGUCCUCCGCCCAUGAUCCAGUACGCCUGUCUGCCCAACCUGGACAAGCUGGGACACAAGACAGAAAACAUCUUCUCUUACUAGUCCUCCCAUUUCCUGUUUGGUCACAAAUCACUGUAUGAGCUGAUGGUCUAAUACAAACGGGUGCACUGUGUAUGACUGGUGCUCUUGACAAGAUCUGUUUAUGUCAGUGACACUAGAAAAACCACUUGUCUGUAAAAUCUCAGGACUGUGAUAUGAUAAAAACUUUUAUACAAGACAAUAAAAUCAAACGUUUCCCAUUUUAUUUUGUACGACAAACAUGAAAUAAAGAUGGAAAACAAACCAAA